AUGGGAGGCGACCUCAACCUGAAAAAAUCAUGGCACCCAGUGCUCAUGAGCAACCAGAAGCGUGUCUGGGCCGAAGAAAACAAAGCCCUCGAGGAGCGCAAAAAGACCGACCAAGUCCUCAAGGAACGAGCCGAAGAACGACAGAUCCAGGAACUGGAGCGUUUGCAGGAGGCCGCUGGCGGACGGAAGAAGACUGAUCGUGUGGACUGGAUGUACAAUGGGCCUGGUUCUAGUGCUCCUGGUGUUGGCGGUGGUGUGAGCGAGGAGAUGGAAGGGUACCUGCUCGGAAAGAGGAGUCUGCAAGGCUUGGUAAAGAGGAGUGAGACGGAGGCGUUGAAGAAAGAUGGUGCUGGGGCUGAGCAGGCGGAGGGUGGUGGCUUCAUGGCACUAAAUUCGAAUGCUAAUUCCGCGAGGGACGUCAUGAGUAAAGUCUCGAAUGAUCCUAUGCUGGCUAUCAAGAAGCAGGAGCAGGCGGCUUAUGAGGCUAUGAUGAAGGAUCCGGCGAGGAGAAAGAUGUUAUUGGCUGCUGCAGGAAAGGAUGGGGAUGACGAUGAGGGAAGGAAGGGAGAGCGAGAACACAGGCAUCGGAGGCACAGGCAUAGGCAUAGAGAUGAUGAUGGGCACAAGAGUAAGAGGAGGAGGCAUAGUGAUGAAGAUAAGGAGAGGGGGACGAGGAGGCAUAGGUCACAUCGUGAGAGCAGACGAGCGCCGAGUGAGGACAGAUCACGGUCGAGAUCGCCGUAUGAGCGAAAAAGUCGAGACGACAUGAAGUACGAGUCGCGAAGAGAACGAGACUACAGUGCUCCACGGUCACGCAGUCCACCAAGACGAAGAAGCAAGUACGAAGACCGCGAUGAUCGUUCAAGCCGAAGGAAGUCAUACCCAAGUCCACGCCGUUCAGGUUCGUCCGACUCGCGAUCGGGCUCACCAUACCAACGCGACAAAGAAGACUCUCGCCGUAGUGAACGUCGUCGCUCGCCGUCAUACGAUCGCAGCAGCAGACGAAAGCCAUAUACAUCACCACCUGAGGACUCAAAGAAGGGUAACGACGACGAUGAUCGUGCUGCCAAGUUGGCAGCAAUGCAAUCGAAUGCCUCGGAACUGGAGACUGACCGCCAAGCACGACUGACGAAGCUCGCGGAGCAGGAGGGCAAGCAACGUGACGAAGACGAUAAGAAGAGAUCUGAUCGCGGACGCUUUGUGAGUGAUGUGAGGCGGACUGCCGAGAAUGUUGGACUAGAGAGGCGGCUAGGUGGUGGGAGAGGCGGUGCAAGGGAGGACUGA